AUGUCUGCUGUUCUGAAGAAGGCCAAGACCGGGUUUCGUAGCAAGGCUGGGCAAAAAAACCCCUUCAACACUUUUCUUCGGGCAGUAGGCAUUUCCUCGUUGUGUUUUCUACCCUGCUUCCGACAAGACAAGGGAGGGAGAGAAAAGCCAAAGGUUGUUAUCCAGCAUUCUUUGGCAUUGACCCUUGCACAACUGAGUAUCCAUAUCCUUCCGGCAAUAGCUUCAGUCUUGGUCAUAUACCUCAACCUCGCAACUCUGUAUCUCGGUCGAACUUUGCCAGGUCCAAUUCUCAACACCGAUGUCACGAAUGCUCUUCUACAAAUAUGCGCCAAAAUACACGAGCUCUUAAUUAUGGCCAGUCUAACCACCAUCGUCUUCACCUUCAUUCGCAACGAAAUAACUAUCUAUGAUGGCCUUCCAUUGGGAUUCCUCUGUUCUGGGUUCAUGUUCAACAACAUUGGCUAUUUCUGGUCCUCGGAAUUCUGGGGCGCGGCGACCUCACGACUUUCCCCGAGAGCGAAAAUAUCUAUGAUCACUGUGCUUGUUAUUGCCGGGUUGAUCGCAGCAACGGCUGGCCCGUCAGCGGCCGUCCUUCUCAUCCCAAGACUUCAGGACUGGAAUGGUGGAGGAAGCUUGUUCUACCUCCGAGGAUCCGCCAGUGACCUUUUCCCAGACAUCUUGAUAGGUUCAAAUUUGACCACGGCACCAGUAUGCAGUGGACCGAACGCCAUCAACUACGGCAUGUGCCCAAGUGGUAGUUUCUUACCACUGUCUGCUUAUAUCUCGUCAUUGCGUGUCAUCAAAAACCAGGCGAACAUUGGACCGCCCCCGAAAAGGAUAUCAGGUCUGUUCGGCGGAAUAGGGAUCGACAUUGCUAGUGUCACGCCGUUGAUCCCUCAGUCUCAUCUCGUUGGCGAACUCCGCGGGAUUGCGUGCCAGACGGCGGCCAUCGCCCCGUAUUUGCCCGUACUCAUGUACCAAAAUCGACUCUGGGACGAUUUCGCCAAGGUCGCAGGAAACAUAUCGUGGAACAGCAAUCAGCCCUUCUCCUCGUCGAACGAAUACGCAUACGAUUUCGGUCGAUAUCCUAGAACUUCGACGAAUCUCCCGGUCGUUCGUUCGGCGUGUUCGAUUGCGCAGAAUAUAUCCUCUGGAAUUUUUGAUAUCAGUUUCCCUGUAAUGCCAAUCUACAGUUGCUGGGAUGAGACACAAUCCCUCUUCGUGGUCGACCUCAACAACACGCCAUCGAACAAUAUCAGAGUGACAUGGACAACUCUGCCAGCCCAAUUUGGAUCAACAAGCACUGGCAUGAUCUUUGAGGCGCCUUGGGUCAACAACCAGUCUUCUAGAGUGGUUAUUGGGUGCUCAUUUGACGCGAGAUGGGCUACAGGUGGAGUCGACGCGAGCGAGGGUUUAGCCAUCGACCUUGGCCCGUUUGACCAGUGGAAGGAAUGGUCUCAGCUGAACACAGUAUUUCGGCCACCUAAUACGGGACGCUGGGCUCCGAUAACGCUGGAUAAGACUUGGCUGCAACUGCUUACUCCCUACAGCACUUCGAUGGCACAGAAGAUAAAUUCGAACCUCUCUACUCUUGAGAUACUGCUCUCUAAUUAUUCCGCAAUUAUUGACGGCGAACUCACAAAAUCUGACGAUCAAACACACCACUGGAACCAAGUCGCAUUCGGUUCAUCUAACAGGACACUGUUCUUGGAAUGGGUGACUGCUCUGCUGCUAGUCGACGGGAUCUCCCGACACUACACUAGCCAGCAGCUCAACAUGACUGGCUCCAUCUCCGACUGGGAUCUUCUUGACUACAACCUGCGGCCUGAUUGGGACUCGCAACUAUUGGCAGGCGGUGACGCACUCGAGCUUCCACCACCGGAAAUCGGAAACUUCACCACUUUUCUCACGGUCAUCUCAAUCCUCGGCCUCUCCUACCAAGCCCAAAACAUAACUGAUUAUCUGGCCAUCUCGGUCCUCCUAGCACAUAUUUUCUUAGCCCUCGGCCAUACCCUGUACCUGCUUUGGCACCGGAAAUCGUCAGUUGCGUGGGAUUCGAUCCCGGAAAUGCUUGUUCUCGCUCACAACUCGCGCUCAUCGGGUUUCGCGCUAAAGAACACGUCGGCUGGUAUCCGUUCCAUUGAGACAUUCCGGAGGAUAGGAAUGGUGCGA